CCGUCACGUAGCAGCAGCAGCAGCAGCAGCAGCCGAGAGUGAGCAAACAAGCAGAUAGCAGAGAGAUGGCGUCCCCUCGUCGCAUGUCCGCCGCGCCCGCCCUCCUCCUCCUGCUGCUCCUCGUGCUCGUCGCCACAGAGAUGGGGACGAUGAAGGCGGCGGAGGCCCGGACGUGCCUGUCGCAGAGCCACAAGUUCAAGGGCACCUGCCUCAGCAACAGCAACUGCGCCGGCGUGUGCCGCACCGAGAACUUCCCCGACGGCGAGUGCAACUCCCACCGCCUCGAGCGAAAGUGCUACUGCAAGCGGACCUGCUAGACCUGUUCAAGCAGACCAGUCCUCCCAUCCAUGCCCGCCCGCUCGUCAGUUCCGUUCAGAAUAAAUAAUAAUGGUUCAUCUCCAUGCAUCCGGAGGUGCGUAGCUUAGGCGAGGAAUCGGUCGGGGUUUCGAUCGGUAGCUUAAUUAGUUCGCCGGCCGGCCGCCGGCCCUGUAAUUCAGUCAUGGCUCUUUAAUCUCUGAGGUGGUGAUGUAAUAUGGUCGUUGCGUUGUUUCACGCUAUCAGCAUGGACGGACGUCCAUAUGCAAUGCAUCUCUUGGUCGCUUCAUUAUUAUUAGUACAAAUGCCCGCGCUUGCAUC